ACAUUCAUAUUCUAAGAGGCCUAGGUCGAACGAAGAACAAAGAAGUGUCUAACAUCCCCAGUUCUCUCGGCCGCAUGAGAGCCCAAGCAUUUCAUCCUGUGCUUCAAAUUUUUGUUCCAUUCUCGAAACCAAAUUCCAUUCUCCAGCGCUUCCCAUUCUUCCCCCCCAUGUCUCGCAGAUUCUUCGGCACUUCUCUUUCCUGCUCUUCAAUGCUCCACACAAAGUUCCACAACCCCAUUCCAUUUCCUAAGUUUCUCAACCCCAUUUGCCCUAAAUCCAAACCCAUUCAAUCAUUCCCUCUAACCCCACCAUUUUUCUCCUCCAUUUCUCACGUGGGUGAUGCUCGAAGACCACUCUUCACCACCAUUCCGCCGCCCGACAAAGCGACCGAUCGAUCGCUUCGGUCCCUUGAAUUUUCGCUCAGUUCUUUGUUUAGCUCUGACCCAUUGGUGCCGAAUUCAAGCCCUUUGGUUAUUGUGAUCAGUGGCCCAAGUGGGGUGGGAAAGGACGCUGUGAUUAAUCGAUUGAGAGAAGUCCGAGAAGGGCUUCAUUUCGUUGUUACGGCGACGAGCCGACCAAUGCGACCUGGUGAAGUCGAUGGAAAAGACUAUUAUUUCGUCUCCAAGGAAGAGUUUCUCACCAUGAUCGAGAGCAACGAGCUUCUGGAAUAUGCGUUAGUGUAUGGAGAUUACAAGGGGAUUCCCAAAAGGCAAAUUCGGGAGUUUAUGGCAAAAGGGUAUGAUAUUGUGUUGAGAGUUGACAUUCAAGGGGCUGAAACAUUGAGGAAAAUUCUUGGGAAUUCUGCUGUUUUUGUGUUUUUGAUGGCGGAGAGUGAGGUUAAACUAGUGGAAAGAUUGAUCGAUAGGAAGACUGAGACUAAAGAAUCAUUGUUGGUGAGAGUUGCAACGGCUAAAGAGGAAAUCAAACAUGUUAAGGAUUUUGAUUAUGUGGUUGUGAAUGCAGAUGGGAAGUUGGAGAAUACAGUUAAGCUUGUGGAAUCCAUUAUUGAUGCCGAGAAGGCAAGGGUCUGGCAGAGAAAUGCUGUUGUUUAGAUUGAGCUUUUGAGACAUCAUUUUGCAAGCUUUACAGAACAAGAAACAGUGCACAGAAGAGACAGGUUCCCUAAAAUGGGGUAUGGAUAACGUCCAGCUUUCAUGAAAUGGACGAGCACUGGCAUCCAAAUCUCUUGUAACUGGACUGGACUCUCAUGGGUACCAUUUUGCAUAUGCCAUGAUUUACAGUCAUUAUCAUCUCCCGCAGCUAUGAUUAGAUUAUCAUCACUUGAAGAGGGUGAAGGCUGACUUCAUGUAGUUACAACUGCAUCGUGCUCGUUACUGACACGCACAGUUUUAUUUAUCAUUCUAAUAACCAAACAUAGGUUCAAUUCAAACCUUGUCAUUUGUUUUUUUGAAAAUGUAGAUUACUGGAAUCUUUAGAUGUCUGUUAUUAUGUUCGGGAUCUUAGAAAGCUGUAUUUGUUUCGUAGGAAUAUGUCUUAUGAAUGUUUCUUAAUUAUUAAUAAUUGUAUUUAUUUUGCA